AUUUUUAAUGCUUUCCACCUUGUCUCUCAGGCUACUGCUCAUCAUUUUCUUGCCCGCUAACAUCCAACAUCAUAUGGUUCAUACAGAAUCAUGUUACCCUCCUAUGCUUAGAGCCAUGUAGCACCCUUCCUACUACUAGUACUAGCUCUCAGGAGGUUAACUUCGCAUUUUUUACUAUAUAUGCAUGUUAAAUUAAUACAAUCAAUCUCAUUUUAUGCACUGUUCAUUCAUGAAGUGAACCAACUACAAAAAAUGAUAUAAUACUCGAGCUCGCCGAGCGUUGACUCCACGCUGAAAAGUUGAUAGUAAGUCACAUGAGGUCAUGUGACGUGUCGGAGGGGGGAUGAGCAAGGUGAGCUGCAUCCCAGAGUUGCUCUUGGAGUUCCAUGACGUCGAUGGUGGAUGUUUACAGCUCUGGAAUACAGAGAUUACUUCUUCACAGGCUGAUUUCGACGUUCUCACGCAGCUGCAACGUGGCGCCAAUCUAAAUCAAGAUAUCCAAGUUAUCACGCUACUAUCUAUCUCAGAAAACAAACGCUAUCACCCGCCAUCAGCGUCCUCGACAAUUUCUAAAGAGAUCGAACAGAAGACUGGGAACCAGGUAGCCGAUUAUCGCAAAUGGCUUCAUAAGCGCGACAACCCUGUCUUUGGCGAAGUGACGGGGUGGAUGAUAAUCCUACCCAUUUUGCAAGCGCGUCCUGAAAUGGACGAAGUUGGCCUUGGAGCGGUGCAAAAUAUAAUCGCUCGCGCACUACUGAAGGUCAGAGACCGCACGCUGCAACAUCUAGACACAGUGUUGAAGGAAGAGGACGAAGAAGAGGACGAGAACGAUGAGGACGACGAGCGUGAGGACGCCUGUGCCAUGGAAGAGGACGAGUCCAACGUCGCUCAAGAAUCCAACGACAGUGUUGACCCUUUCGAGGCCACCCAUGCGUGGACGCCUCCUGAAUUACCCAUCAAUUGGAAAACCAUACUUUUCCACCUAAAGAAUGCUGCAAGGCAAACUGGCUACACGCGUUACGCCACAUGGCACGAGGCCUUGAUUCUGAAGCGCAAGGCGGGACCAAUACCGGAGAAUCUGCCAAGCGGAGAAAGACAUCCAGGCCUGGUCCAGCCUCCGUAA